AUGGCCACCGUCGCGACCGGAGAAGGAGACGACCACCGGAGUUCCAGCCAUCCCGAACGGAAAAGCCGCCUGCCGCCAGAGACGCGUAGAAUCAGGGAUGAGGAGCGAGCCGCCGAGGGCUACCGCCGGUCGAAGCCACGAUUUCGCCGAGGAAGGCAAACGCCGGAGCAGCUAGGACGAGCGGCGGAUUUGGGGCUUAGUCCUCCUCUGACGUGGUGCUUCCCCUCUUACUUGGUUGGCCAUGGCGGGGUUGGUGGCGAUUCGUCGGCUUGUGGGCGACAUCGACGUUGCGAGCUCCAGCCGGUGUCCAGCGGCUGUGGCCAGGGCAGAGGCAGGGCUUGGCUUUUCCCCUAUUAUUUCCUUUCUUGGUAUUGGAUUGGUAAGUUUUUUCGAUGUGGCGGCUCCCUUGUCCGUUUGAGUGGGUUUAAGACGUUAGCAUCGUGCUCUGAGCGCACGGCAGCGCAUGCGGCGGCUGCGAGCGUCAGUGGCGAGCUGCUCCGACGGUCGCGGCGGCUCUUUGCAGGGUGGUCAAAACUGGAGAAAGAAGAAGAUGUGGCCAAGAAUAUGGUGGCGGACGAUUUUCUGGCAUGCAUUGGCGACAUGGAACUUGACGGUAGACGCCCGACGGCGGCGGUGCCGCCCGAGGAGGCUGACGGAAGAUAG